AUGACAUCAUCAUCAUCGACUGGUACAACGACCUUUUUGAAAAAUCUCUCGAUUGGUGCUGCCUCUGGGUGCAUUGCUGCUUGUACAAUUUUCCCUCUUGAUCUGUUGAAAACUAAAAUUCAAUCAUCAUCGGGACAGCAAUCCAUCGUACAAAUUAUUCGAGAUACCAUUCGUCCAGAUAAUGGUGGAUUGGGAGCAUUGUAUCGUGGACUUGCUCCAAAUUUGGUUGGAAUUAUGCCUGAGAAGGCAAUUAAAUUGGCUGCGAACGAUUUCUUCCGAUCCUUCUAUAGCAGCAAAUUUGUUGGAAACAGUUCUAAACAACAAGGACAAAUUCAACAAUUACCUCUGUGGAUCGAAGUGUUGAGUGGAGGAAGUGCUGGUGCUUGCCAAGUUGUGGCAACAACUCCAAUGGAGCUUUUGAAAAUUAAUGCUCAAAUGGCUGGAAAGAAUCACUCAACCAUUGCAUUUAUCAAGCAAGUCGGCUUGGCUGGAAUGUACAAGGGUUUAACAGCCACCUUGAUGAGAGAUGUGCCAUUUAGUAUGAUUUAUUUCUCUCUUUAUGCUCGUAUCAAAAAUUAUUAUAGAGCUCAAGCUCAACAAGAAUAUCUUCCAUUACCAAAAGUAUUGCUCUCGUCGAUUAUCGCUGGUACAUUUGCUGCAGCAUUAGCAACACCAAUGGAUGUUAUCAAGACUCGUCUCCAAUAUGCUGGAAGCUCUGGUACUCAGGGAAUGACCUAUAUUCAAGCUGCCAAAUACUGCUAUGCCAACAAGUUGUUGUGGAAGGGAACACUUCCAAGAGUUCUCAUUAUUUCACCACUGUUCGGUAUUACAUUAUUGUGUUAUGAAGGAUUCCAAAAGCUGUUGGGAAUUACAACUGUGUAA